GGUGUUUAUUUUUGUGCUUGAAAGUUCAAAAGUUAGUAUCAACCGUUUUAUUCUCAUUGACAUCCUUGGCGUGGCGGCCGGCUAGCUAGCCCCUGCUUCUUCCCAACGCUUCCAAGGAUUCCAAUCCCGGCCCACUCCUGUUUUCUCCUCCUUCCUUACAUCUUUUAAUUGGCAUUUCAACGCAUCGCUGACGCCAGAACACGAAAAUGCCAGAGCCUCCACAAGCGGGCCCAUUUCCGGAGUCCCGAUUCGGAUCCGACGCCGGAGCAGCUUUUGUUCUCGAAUCAAAAGGGAACUGGUGGCAUGCGGGUUUCCAUUUGACGACGGCGAUAGUGGGGCCGACGAUUCUGACUCUACCCUACGCGUUCCGGGGAUUGGGAUGGGGCAUGGGUUUCUUCUGUUUAACAAGUUAUCACCUAGGAGAUGUUCUCAUGAUUAGAAUUUUAGGGGUGACAUUUGGAGAAGGAAAAGGGUCUGGAUGGAUGUUUUAUUUCGUAAUAUUCAUUCAAACGGCUAUCAACACUGGGGUUGGAAUUGGAGCAAUUUUGCUUGCAGGGGAAUGCCUUCAGAUCAUGUAUUCAAACCUAGCUCCCAAUGGAUCCUUGAAGCUGUACGAAUUUAUUGCAAUGGUGACUGUGGUCAUGAUACUUCUGUCUCAGUUUCCAACUUUUCACUCCCUUAGGCACAUCAACCUUGUUUCUCUGCUACUGAGCUUGGGAUACACUUUCCUCGUUGUUGGUGCUUGUAUACACGCAGGUCUCUCUAAAAAUGCCCCUCCCAGGAUCUAUUCCCUAGAAGCAUCAAGAUCUGCUAGGCUGUUCAGUGCCUUUACUUCCAUCUCCAUAUUAGCUGCCAUAUUUGGCAAUGGGAUACUACCGGAAAUACAAGCAACUCUGGCACCACCUGCGACUGGAAAGAUGGUAAAAGGCCUGGCAAUGUGCUAUACUGUAAUUGUCAUUACUUUCUACUCUGCGGCUGUCUCUGGUUACUGGGUAUUUGGAAACAAAGCUAACUCAAACAUUCUCAAGAGUCUGAUGCCAGACAAUGGACCUUCCUUGGCCCCAACGGUAGUUCUUGGCCUUGCAGUUGUCUUUGUCCUCUUACAGCUCCUUGCAAUUGGCUUAGUUUAUUCUCAAGUGGCUUAUGAGAUCAUGGAAAAGAAGUCAGCUGAUGUGAAGCAAGGGGUGUUUUCCAAAAGGAACCUCAUUCCUAGGAUUAUACUCCGGACACUCUAUGUGACUUUCUGUGGAUUCAUGGCAGCGAUGCUUCCUUUCUUUGGAGAUGUUAACGCGGUGGUAGGCGCUAUUGGCUUCAUCCCUCUAGAUUUUGUCCUUCCAAUGCUUCUCUACAAUAUGACUUUCAAGCCUCCAAAAUCAUCCUGCACCUAUUGGAUCAACGUGUUCAUCAUCAUUGCCUUUACAGGUACAGGAAUCGUGGGCUCUUUCUCUUCUAUUAGGAAGUUGGUCCUUGAUGCCAACAAAUUCAAGCUCUUUAGUAGUGAUGUAGUUGAUUAAGCACGCUCAGAAAACAAAUAGCAAUCCUGCUUUGAAAUCCACAGAGCAUAUGUAGUUUCUUUGGAUGUAGGAAGCGUAUCAAUGUACCAUAAGUGUGAAAAAAAAAAAAAAAAAAUU